AUGAACAUUUCAAACGAGCAUGUUCAAAACUCAUUUAGUUUGUAAGAUGAGUACUUUCAAGGUCCAAACUCGGGUAUGAUUUCAGGGAGAAUCGUCCUUGGGGAUGGAGACUCCAACAGGAAUCUGCCUGCCAGUUGGAAUUCUUUCACAGUUCCGGAUUAGCAGAAAUUGGGAGAUAUCAGUCAACAAUCAAUUCAUGUGAUGCCUAUUGAUAUGCAUAAAUCGAUGAGGAAUAUGCGAAAAUCGGAAUAUCAAUCUGCGUAUGCAAUUGAAGACGAGGAAGAAUAAGGAGGAAAACCUCAAUUUCUGAAAUUGAUUAUAGCCAAGAGUUUCCAAAACAAUUUUAUUAACAACCUGUGGAACAGAUCCUAUUUGAGAAAGCUGCAUCAACUUUCCUUUUAUCAAAUCCAAGCAUUGGAUGAUUUAUAAUUAGAAAAUGAGGCUUACCUGCAUAAUGACAAGAGAACAUUGACUAGAUGGGAGGCUUUUAAGCGAUUCUUCUCGUACAUUGAGGUGUUUACUCCUUACAGUUAAUUGAUAUUUAUUUGGGGCCUGUUUUAAAUUUUAACAUACUUGCUGAUCUUCUUUUGGCUACCAUACAAGAUCUCAUUCAAAUUGGAUUCAAUUGGUGAUUUUCUAGGCAUCAGCGUAUACAAGUAGUCUCUCGAAAUAGUGUUUUUAUCGAUAUUGAGUUUGGACGUGUUUGUUGGUUUGAAUUUGGCAUUCAUAUACAAGGGGUUAAUCAUACGAAACAGAAAACGAAUCUUGAUAAAUUAUUUUCGAUAAUAUGCAUUUGUUGAUUUGGUACAUAAUGGUUAAUAUAUAAGGACUUAAGGUUUCGUUGAGUACGGUGACUCUUCAAUUCUUUAUUCUCACAAACAAUGAUGAGUCCAAUCAAAUGUUGAUCGUUUAAAUAGUUCUCUGUGCUAUUUUCUAUGUGCUUCGACUAACAAAAAUCAAUAAGAUAUUAGCAUAAAUAUAGGAGUAAGUGUGCGUAAUAAUAUUAGAUUCUUCAAUCUGUAUGGUUCUUUGAAUGACUUGGUUGGUUUGCUAAAGCUGACAAUGAUGAUAGUAUUCAUAGCUCACAUUUGUGCAUGUGUUUGGCAUGGUCUGGCAUUCUAUAAUGAUGGUUAUUCGUGGUUGGAUGCAUACGAUUUGAGAGACAAGGGAAAUGCCUCUAAAUACAACAAAGCCUUUUAUUGGGCGACGAUGACAAUGACCACUGUGGGUUAUGGGGACAUAACAGCUAAAAAUAACAUGGAGUUGCUGAUGAAUAAUCUAACAAUGUUGAUAGCCUCAAUAGUGUUUGCGUAUUCAGUGAAUAGUAUAGGAAUAUUUGUAUCUAACAUGUAUAAGGGAGCCAUGGAAUAUAGUCGGAGUGUUACCCUCAUUAAUACAUUUAUGUCAAAAAACAAGAUUCAAUUCGAAUUGUAAACAAGAAUCAGGAGUUACUUGGAGUAUAUUUGGCAAGAAGAAUAAAAUAUGAAUGACGAGGAAGUCUCAUCACUAAUUUGCAAAUUGAGUAGUAAUCUAUAAGAGGAAUUGCAGUAUCAGUUAAGAGGAAACAUACUCAGCAGUUGUAAGGUGAUGAUCAAGACAUUUUCUGAAAAGAUGAUAAAGUCAUUGUUGGGAUAGAUGGAGGAGUAGAGUUUUUCACCUGAGGAGAGGAUUAUUACUUUAAAUUAAUUGGAUGACUCUUCGUUGUAUAUUAUUACUAAAGGGGAGGUGGAGAUCAUUUUCGAAGGCUUUAAUAGUUUGAAUGAAAGAGUUCAGAGGAAUAGUUUGAAGUGCCUUUAUUAAGGAGAUUAUUUUGGAGAGUUCUCAUUCUUUACAGGUUAACCUCGAAAGGCAACUGCGAUUUCUAGAGCAUUUACUAAGGUGUUUAAAAUCAAAAGGGAGAACUUCAUUAAGAUCUUGCUGUCUUAUCCGAAUGAUUAUGAGAAGUAUUGUCAAUUGACACAUACACUCUUGCAUUAAGAUUACAGUGCACUCCAGGUGAGUUGUUACAGUUGUUCAAGUAAUCAGCAUCUGAUUGAUAAGUGUCACUACUUGCACUACUGUCCUGACAAGGAGAGCAUACUGAAGAAGGAGUUAUAUCCUCAUGAUUAACCAAGGAACAAGAGGAUAGGGAGAUUGAAUAAGGAGAAGGAAGUGAGUCCUUGGUUGAUACAGAAGUAUUUGAUGACUAAGGCAAAGGAGAUUUAAUAGGAAUAAUAGUAUUUGGCGAGUAAGGGGACAGACUUCGAAGACUUUGAACAACACUCCAACUUAAUGAAUGACGUGUAUGAGGAUGAAAGUAAGCUAUACAAAAUAUCAAUAAGUCGAAAUCGAUGUGCCGUCAUCUCUGAAUCAAAGGAGCAACUCUAGAUCGUUUAGUAAGAUUAGUCAGAAACCUAAUCAAUAGACAAUGAUAACAGAAAAUGAGGAUGAUGACUCCAAAAACUAUUCGAGGAAGGUAGUCAAUCCCAGAGCCACUCUCUAGACGGCUGGGUUUGGAGGAGGGAUGAGGGAUAGUGUUCGGGUUGACUUGAUGAAGGAUGAUGAAUAUUAAGAAAUCUCGGAAGAAGAAUCAGAGGAAGAGAAGGAUUAAGUGUUAAUGUAAUUGCCAGUGCCUGCCAAAUAAAAUUAGGAAAUAGCCAGAACUCAAUAAUAAAAAAUCACGUUCACUAGAAAGGAUUCAAAUGAAGAAAUUAUACCUCGUUAAUCUUCUCUCAGAUCUCAUACUUACACUUAGAAAGGAAGACAAUCUUAAACUAUCAAACGGACUUUGACUCCUGAAAAGAUAUUCCCGCCUAAUUCUUCUGAUCUGGAAGUCAGGCAUCAUUAAAAAAGACCCACUUAGAAAAGGCAAUCUAAUGCAACCAGAACGUUUACUAGGAAUCAAGGAAGAGAAAUGACCACGGAUAUUAAUCAUACUUCUGUCAUGGAUAAUCAAACGUAUAAUUAACAUACCAACAAUUCGAUUAUUAAUGACUUUGAUAAAAUGCAAAUCUUCAUCUACUAUUUCCCUCUCAAUAAUUACGAUAUCGUCAUCAAAAGGUAAUGCUUACUUAUUAAUAGAUUUAUUUAGAUAUGCGAGACUUCAAAAGUUCUUUGGAAAGAGAAGACUCUACCCUGAAUUCUCUAGAUACUCAUUUUUCUUUUUAACCAUCAAGAAAGGCUGGAAGCUCAGAAAAUUAGGAGACAAAGUCACAGGAUUGAGAAUUGCCGAGUCAUUGAAGAAGCCAUUCACUAAAACAUUUCAAAGUAUUAAAACAGUUAAGAAAAUUGCACAUAAUACCACUGGAAAUGGAGGAGGAGGGACAUCGCCUUUAAGAUUACAAUCCUUUAAGUGA